AUGCCAAGUACAUUUGUAAGGAGGCUCGAGAGCGUUCAGUUUGUGAAAGUGGAGUUGCCGUCAUCGAUUGAGGAGGAUCAGCGUGAGCAGGUUGGCCCGGUAGCUGUGCCAUCUGCAGUUGCUCCUGCUAUUCAGCCGAGGAGUCAGCAGCAGCAACCGGAAAAGCGCAGAGGUCCUGGUUUCGGCAAAGGCGGUAAGCUUGCUCAGGGCCAGAAAAGGAGGUGGGAUGAGGAUUCUGGAGGCAGUCAGAGUGAUCGGGGCGUUUAUUUUGGUUGUGGGAGCAGGGAUCAUCGUGUAGCGAGCUGUCCUAAGAGGAUAUAUCUCGGGAGGCUAAGAAUCGAUUCAGCCGAUAGGGGCUACGCUGGUGGUUCAGAUCACGGCGGUGCAGCCGUUGGGUCAGAUCGGACCGGCACCGCGAGUGUACUCUUUGGUAGAGUUUGGCCAGUAUAG